AUGUCGUGGAACUGUUUGGUAUGUGGCGGGGUGACUAGGCUAAUAAGCUAUGCCAAAAGACAUGUUGGCCAAUGGGCUGUGGUGAGGCUAGUGAGGUGUUUAUUUGAUGUUGAUAUUGUACACGUUGUUAUGUCUCACACACUCCUGGGGUCCUUUUGGACUCCAGCUUGCAGGUUGGUUAGGGGGUCAGGUGCUGGUGGUGCGGGCUCGUCCGAGUUGCUGCGAGAUUUAUUUGAUGUUGAUAUUGUACACGUUGUUAUGUCUCACACACUCCUGGGGUCCUUUUGGACUCCAGCUUGCAGGUUGGUUAGGGGGUCAGGUGCUGGUGGUGCGGGCUCGUCCGAGUUGCUGCGAGAGUGGGAAAAACGUGCUAAUAAGGUGAUUUUGUACGCCAAGGAACGUUCCGGUAUGUCACCAAGAGUUCAAGUGCCCGGCGGCAUAUGGUCAUUGUCACCGGAGCCUAACGGUGCCACAAGAAGCCUCGGAGAUUGGCCGGAGGACAAGAGCGGUUCCAUAGCUCUUAAUCGGUCAAAGCGAAGGUUCAUGCUUGUGGUAUAUCGUAGUCCUCGCUCAAACCGGCUGCAUCGAUCUAGCUCUCCACCUCGUGUUCGAAGCAAUCUUCGAGCUUACUCUCCACCAAGCAGAUAUUCUCAACCGUACUCUCCACCAAGAACAUCAAUGGCAGAUGAGGAAGCUCCUCCGGUUAGGACUCUUCAGGACUAUUUGAAUCCGGAACGGGUCACUCAAUUGUCACCGAUAGUUUUUCCACGGCCCACCACUGUUGCAAACACAUUCGUGUUCAAAUCAGACUAUCAUCGUUGCAUUCCAUUCUUCCAUGGUAUGGAGCGCGAGGAUCCGUACCAACAUAUCCGAGAAUUUGAGGAAGUUCUCCAAUCGUUUGUUAGCGGGGAGGUGCUUCUCAACCAAGCAAGAUUGAGGCUUUUUCUUUUCACUUUGAAGGAUAAGGCUAAGACAUGGUUUCACUCUUUGAAGCCUCAAUCUUUGAACACAUGGGGGGAAGUGCAAGAUGUUUUUCAUAAGAAAUUCUUCCCAGCGAGCCGAACAAAGCUCUUGAUGGAUCAAAUCCAGGGUUUCAAGCAACGUGAGGGAGAAGCUUUCCAUCAGUAUUGGGAGCGUUACAAGGAUUUGCUUUCUGCGGUUCCUCACCAUAACUUUGCCUUGUAUCAACUGAUUCACUACUUCCAUAUGGGCUGCACGCAACAAAGCAAGCAACUGCUCGACACCAUGUGCUCCGGAGGAUUCAUGAAUAAGUCACCCGAUGACGGUUGGGAUUACUUAGAUGAGUUGGCCAAGAAGUCUUUGACUUGGAAUUAUGAAGAUGCUGGUGAUAGAGCUAUGGCUAGCCAAGGUCCCGGUGGCUCCGGAAAGUUCUCCAUAAAUGAGCACAAUGCUAUCGAAACACGGAUGGAGCAACUAGCACAAAAGUUGGAGAAGUUGGAGUUGAAAGGGGUAAAGGAAGUUAAGGCAGUGCAAGCGGUAGAGGAGAUGUGUGCUAUAUGUGAAACAUCGGGCCAUUCCACUGACAAUUGCUUGUCUAUUCCCACUUUCAGACAUCAUUACGGUAACCUCAACCUUCCGCUCGAAGAAGUUAGUGCGGUAAACCAACGGUUUGAAUCUUUUCCCCAAAACUUCAACCAAAGUCAACGACAACAUCCGGGAUUCCGUUGGAACAAUCAGAUUGAAGGCGGACCAUCUCAAGCACCUCCCGGUUCUCAAAUGCAACCAUGGCGGUCUGCUCAAGGCCAAGGGCAGCCUCGUUUUCCACAAGGACCGCCAGGUUUCGCACCAUCCGGCCCGUUUCAAGGAUCUAACCAAUAUCAACCCCCGCCAAGGCGAUCUUUGGAGGACACUCUCCAAUCCUUCAUGCAAGCUCAAUCGAAUUACAAUGAGAGUAACACCCAAAUGAUGGGGGAGUUGAAGAACCAAAUGGGAAAGAUAACCACAUCUAUAGGGCUUCUCCAACAAGAAAAGGGAAAGUUUCCGACCCAGCCACAAGCCAAUCCACAAGGUCAACUUCUCAUUGGUAAUUCUUCCAUACCACCGCCCGAGCAAGCUCAAGCAAUUAUCACUCUAAGGAGUGGCAAGGCGGUUGACAAUCUCGUUGUCAAUCCGCCGGCUACACCUAUCUUAGAACCAGCUUCGACAUCAACAAGUUCUACAACGCUUGGGGAAUCUCCCAAGUCAUCUCCGGAGGAAGACGGGGAAUCUCCCGUUCAAGUUUCAAAUGAGGCCGACACCACUCCAAGCCCACAAGUCUCUCCCUUUCCUGCGCCCUAUCCUUCCCGACUGAAAAAGCCGGCUCACCCAUCCAAGGAUGCCGAUAUUCUUGACGUGUUCAAAAAGGUAAAUGUUAACAUCCCGUUAAUGGAUGCUAUCAAGCAAAUUCCUUCUUAUGCCAAGUUCUUGAAAGAUCUAUGCACUCAGAAGCGCAAGCUCAACGUGCACAAAAAGGUGCUUCUCACCGAGCAAGUUAGCCAAAUUUUCCAAACAGAUCUUGCACCUAAAUACAAAGACCCCGGAUGUCCUACAAUUGCAAUUACUAUUGGGGGUAAGAGAGUAGAGCAAGCUCUUUUGGAUUUGGGUGCGAGUGUCAAUUUGCUACCUUAUUCGGUGUAUCAAGAGUUGGGUUUGGGGGAGAUGAAGCCUACACGGGUUACUCUUCAAUUGGCGGAUAGGAGUGUCCGAAUUCCUCGUGGUAUGGUGGAAGAUGUAUUGGUCCAAGUUGAUCAAUUUGUAUAUCCGGUGGAUUUUGUUGUAUUGGAUACUUGCCCGACGUCUUCAUCGCCAUUGUCUAAUCCUGUUAUUCUUGGGCGGCCGUUUCUAGCAACCUCGGAUGCUGUAAUCAAUUGUCGGAAUGGGCUAUUGAACAUGUCCUUCGGCAAUAUGAAGAUGGCGGUCAAUAUGUUCAACGUUGGGAGUCAAAUGGGAGAUGAUGAUGAUGUUCAAGGUGUCAACUGUAUCGAUUCAUUAGUUCAAGAUCAUGUGGAUGAACUCUUAUCCAAGGAUGAUUUGGAGGCAUGUCUUACCGCCGAGGAAGCCGAUUUUUUGGAAUCGCCGGAAGUUGCGAAUCUUUGUUCCUUGCUAGACGAGGAGGAAGUUUGUGGGGCGGAACCGUGGAUUCCUACCUUUGAGAAGUUGCCACUAAUUGAGGGAAAAACUUUGCCAUCUAGUGUCGAGCCGCCUAAGCUUGAUUUGAAGCCCCUACCUGACCAUUUGAAGUAUGCCUACCUUGGCGACAACAAAACUUUUCCGGUGGUGAUAUCCUCAACUCUUGAGAAUCUUCAAGAGUUGGAGUUGCUUGCAUUAUUACGGCGGCGUAGCAAGGCUAUUGGGUGGACUAUAGCCGAUAUACAAGGGAUUUCUCCUUCCCUUUGUACUCAUCACAUUUAUCUUGACGAUAAUGUGAAGCCAUCGCGCCAACCACAACGACGGUUGAAUCCUAUUAUGAAGGAUGUGGUGCCUAAAAAGUCGGGGGUAACAGUUGUAAAGAAUGACCAAGAUGAGCUUGUGCCAACCCGGACUAUCACCGGGUGUCGUGUUUGCAUUGAUUACCGCAAGCUAAAUGCGGUAACCCGUAAGGAUCAUUUCCCUCUCCCGUUCAUUGAUCAGAUUUUGGAAAGGGUAGCUGGACAUGCCUUCUAUUGCUUUCUAGACGGCUACUCAGGGUAUAACCAGAUUGAGGUCGCCAUGGCUGACCAAGAAAAGACUACGUUUACUUGCCCGUUUGGGACCUUUGCUUAUAGGCGCAUGCCAUUCGGCUUGUGCAAUGCUCCCGGCACUUUUUCGAGGUGUAUGAUGGGUAUUUUUAGUGACAUGGUGGAGAAGAUUGUUGAGGUCUUUAUGGACGAUUUCUCGGUAUUUGGGGACUCUUUUGAGUCGUGUCUAGCCAAUCUUGAUAAGGUGUUGGAACGAUGCGAGGAGAAGAACCUUGUUCUAAAUUGGGAGAAAUGCCAUUUCAUGGUAACGCAAGGCAUCGUGUUGGGCCAUAUCGUGUCAUCGAAGGGCAUUGAGGUUGAUAAGUCAAAAAUUGAUCUCAUCGCCAACCUCCCUACUCCCAAAUGCAUCAAGGAUGUCCGUUCCUUCCUCGGGCAUGCCGGUUUCUACCGGAGAUUUAUCAAGGACUUUAGUGCUAUUUCUCGGCCAUUAUGCCAUCUGCUUUCGAAAGACGUCCCUUUUGAGUGGACGAAUGAUUGUGAGGAAGCUUUUCGGAAGCUUAAGUCACGCCUUACUACUCCGCCUAUUGUGCAAAGUCCCGAUUGGAACCUCCCAUUUGAACUUAUGUGCGACGCGAGUGACUACGCCGUCGGGGCUGUUUUAGGCCAAAGGAGGGAGAAGCAGCCUUGCGUUAUUUCCUACGCGAGCAAAACAUUGAACGAUGCUCAAAUGAAUUACUCCACCACUGAAAAGGAGCUGCUCGCGGUAGUUUUUGCCUUGGAUAAAUUUCGCUCCUACUUGAUUGGUUCGCCUAUUGUCAUCUACACGGAUCAUGCUGCCCUCAAGUACUUGCUCACCAAGCAAGACGCUAAGGCUCGGCUUAUUCGAUGGAUUCUCUUGCUCCAAGAGUUCGAUCUUACCAUCAAGGACAAAAAGGGAGUGGAAAAUGUGGUGGCCGACCACUUGUCACGAUUGGAGUUUGAGGAUCGUACAUCUAAACUUCCAAUCAUCGAUACUUUCCCGGAUGAGCAACUUUUUGGUGUCUCAAGUACCCCGUGGUUCGCAGAUAUUGUCAACUAUUUGGUAACGGGGUUACUUCCGACACAUUGGACUUCUCAAGAGCGGAAGCAGUUUCUUUCAAGGGUGAAAAGGUUUUCUUUUGAUGAUCCUUAUUUGUUUAAGUACUGUCCAGAUCAGAUUAUUCGGCGAUGUGUUCCGGAUUCUGAGUCUUGUGACCGGUGUCAAGCUUUGGGCAAGAUCACCCGACGCAACGAGAUGCCCCAAAAUCCCAUCCUAAUCAUUGAAGUCUUUGACUGUUGGGGCAUCGAUUUUAUGGGGCCUUUUCCUACAUCAUUCGGCUACCUCUACAUUUUGCUUGCCGUCGACUAUGUCAGCAAGUGGGUGGAGGCAAUCCCUACUCGUACCAAUGAUGCUCAGGUUGUAGUCGAAUUUCUCCGAGAGUACAUUUUGGCACGGUUUGGGAUGCCAAGAGCUAUAAUCAGUGACCAAGGCACGCAUUUCUGUAAUAGGUCGUUUACGGCUUUGAUGAGGAAAUAUGCCAUUGUGCACAAGGUAUCGACGGCUUAUCAUCCCCAAACUAAUGGACAAGCUGAGCUAGCUAAUCGGGAGAUCAAGGGCAUCCUUGAGAAAACGGUUAAUCCAAACCGCAAAGAUUGGUCACUUCGGCUGAUCGACGCCUUGUGGGCUUAUCGUACUGCUUACAAAACCGUGUUGGGAAUGUCGCCGUAUCGGCUCGUUUAUGGAAAGCCUUGCCAUCUUCCGGUGGAAUUGGAGCACAAAGCUUAUUGGGCGAUCAAGAAAAUGAAUGCCUCCAUGCCGCUUGCUGGUGCUAAGCGGAAGCUUCAACUCAAUGAACUCGAAGAAAUAAGGUCUGAUGCUUAUGAUCGCUCUAGUUCUUAUAAAACCAAAGUCAAAGCUAUGCAUGAUAAAACAAUUCUUAGAAAGAACUUUGAAAUAGACGGCUACUCAGGGUAUAACCAGAUUGAGGUCGCCAUGGCUGACCAAGAAAAGACUACGUUUACUUGCCCGUUUGGGACCUUUGCUUAUAGGCGCAUGCCAUUCGGCUUGUGCAAUGCUCCCGGCACUUUUUCGAGGUGUAUGAUGGGUAUUUUUAGUGACAUGGUGGAGAAGAUUGUUGAGGUCUUUAUGGACGAUUUCUCGGUAUUUGGGGACUCUUUUGAGUCGUGUCUAGCCAAUCUUGAUAAGGUGUUGGAACGAUGCGAGGAGAAGAACCUUGUUCUAAAUUGGGAGAAAUGCCAUUUCAUGGUAACGCAAGGCAUCGUGUUGGGCCAUAUCGUGUCAUCGAAGGGCAUUGAGGUUGAUAAGUCAAAAAUUGAUCUCAUCGCCAACCUCCCUACUCCCAAAUGCAUCAAGGAUGUCCGUUCCUUCCUCGGGCAUGCCGGUUUCUACCGGAGAUUUAUCAAGGACUUUAGUGCUAUUUCUCGGCCAUUAUGCCAUCUGCUUUCGAAAGACGUCCCUUUUGAGUGGACGAAUGAUUGUGAGGAAGCUUUUCGGAAGCUUAAGUCACGCCUUACUACUCCGCCUAUUGUGCAAAGUCCCGAUUGGAACCUCCCAUUUGAACUUAUGUGCGACGCGAGUGACUACGCCGUCGGGGCUGUUUUAGGCCAAAGGAGGGAGAAGCAGCCUUGCGUUAUUUCCUACGCGAACGGCUACUCAGGGUAUAACCAGAUUGAGGUCGCCAUGGCUGACCAAGAAAAGACUACGUUUACUUGCCCGUUUGGGACCUUUGCUUAUAGGCGCAUGCCAUUCGGCUUGUGCAAUGCUCCCGGCACUUUUUCGAGGUGUAUGAUGGGUAUUUUUAGUGACAUGGUGGAGAAGAUUGUUGAGGUCUUUAUGGACGAUUUCUCGGUAUUUGGGGACUCUUUUGAGUCGUGUCUAGCCAAUCUUGAUAAGGUGUUGGAACGAUGCGAGGAGAAGAACCUUGUUCUAAAUUGGGAGAAAUGCCAUUUCAUGGUAACGCAAGGCAUCGUGUUGGGCCAUAUCGUGUCAUCGAAGGGCAUUGAGGUUGAUAAGUCAAAAAUUGAUCUCAUCGCCAACCUCCCUACUCCCAAAUGCAUCAAGGAUGUCCGUUCCUUCCUCGGGCAUGCCGGUUUCUACCGGAGAUUUAUCAAGGACUUUAGUGCUAUUUCUCGGCCAUUAUGCCAUCUGCUUUCGAAAGACGUCCCUUUUGAGUGGACGAAUGAUUGUGAGGAAGCUUUUCGGAAGCUUAAGUCACGCCUUACUACUCCGCCUAUUGUGCAAAGUCCCGAUUGGAACCUCCCAUUUGAACUUAUGUGCGACGCGAGUGACUACGCCGUCGGGGCUGUUUUAGGCCAAAGGAGGGAGAAGCAGCCUUGCGUUAUUUCCUACGCGAGCAAAACAUUGAACGAUGCUCAAAUGAAUUACUCCACCACUGAAAAGGAGCUGCUCGCGGUAGUUUUUGCCUUGGAUAAAUUUCGCUCCUACUUGAUUGGUUCGCCUAUUGUCAUCUACACGGAUCAUGCUGCCCUCAAGUACUUGCUCACCAAGCAAGACGCUAAGGCUCGGCUUAUUCGAUGGAUUCUCUUGCUCCAAGAGUUCGAUCUUACCAUCAAGGACAAAAAGGGAGUGGAAAAUGUGGUGGCCGACCACUUGUCACGAUUGGAGUUUGAGGAUCGUACAUCUAAACUUCCAAUCAUCGAUACUUUCCCGGAUGAGCAACUUUUUGGUGUCUCAAGUACCCCGUGGUUCGCAGAUAUUGUCAACUAUUUGGUAACGGGGUUACUUCCGACACAUUGGACUUCUCAAGAGCGGAAGCAGUUUCUUUCAAGGGUGAAAAGGUUUUCUUUUGAUGAUCCUUAUUUGUUUAAGUACUGUCCAGAUCAGAUUAUUCGGCGAUGUGUUCCGGAUUCUGAGCAUCAGAGUAUUAUAAACUUUUGCCACAAGGAGGCUUGUGGUGGCCAUUUCUCUUUCAAGAAAACCGCGGCUAAAAUUUUGCAAUGCGGUUUCUAUUGGCCUUCUUUGUUCAAAGACACGUUCGAGUAUACUAGGUCUUGUGACCGGUGUCAAGCUUUGGGCAAGAUCACCCGACGCAACGAGAUGCCCCAAAAUCCCAUCCUAAUCAUUGAAGUCUUUGACUGUUGGGGCAUCGAUUUUAUGGGGCCUUUUCCUACAUCAUUCGGCUACCUCUACAUUUUGCUUGCCGUCGACUAUGUCAGCAAGUGGGUGGAGGCAAUCCCUACUCGUACCAAUGAUGCUCAGGUUGUAGUCGAAUUUCUCCGAGAGUACAUUUUGGCACGGUUUGGGAUGCCAAGAGCUAUAAUCAGUGACCAAGGCACGCAUUUCUGUAAUAGGUCGUUUACGGCUUUGAUGAGGAAAUAUGCCAUUGUGCACAAGGUAUCGACGGCUUAUCAUCCCCAAACUAAUGGACAAGCUGAGCUAGCUAAUCGGGAGAUCAAGGGCAUCCUUGAGAAAACGGUUAAUCCAAACCGCAAAGAUUGGUCACUUCGGCUGAUCGACGCCUUGUGGGCUUAUCGUACUGCUUACAAAACCGUGUUGGGAAUGUCGCCGUAUCGGCUCGUUUAUGGAAAGCCUUGCCAUCUUCCGGUGGAAUUGGAGCACAAAGCUUAUUGGGCGAUCAAGAAAAUGAAUGCCUCCAUGCCGCUUGCUGGUGCUAAGCGGAAGCUUCAACUCAAUGAACUCGAAGAAAUAAGGUCUGAUGCUUAUGAUCGCUCUAGUUCUUAUAAAACCAAAGUCAAAGCUAUGCAUGAUAAAACAAUUCUUAGAAAGAACUUUGAAAUAGGCCAAAAAGUGCUUUUGUACAAUUCUAAAUUGCAUCUGUUUCCAGGCAAGUUAAGGUCCCGUUGGGCUGGUCCUUAUGUUGUUAAAUCUGUCGCCCCUCACGGGGCCAUAGAGAUUGAGAAUGAAUCCAGUGGGAAUGUUUUUAAGGUUAACGGCCAACGGCUUAAGCCGUUUCUUGGUCAUUUUGAAAUUGGCGAGCCUGAUGAGGAAUUGGGCGAUCCCGUUUAUUCUGAUGCUCUUGUUUCUUAG